GGUAGAUAACAUGGAACUGUGAUGAAGUGGAUUUGUACCAACAGAAACUCAACACACACACACACAACAAAUUGCACACUCACCUGAGUCAUUGUAGCCGAGAUGCUGCUUGUGCUCGUCUUCCUCUACCCACUCUUCUCUCCAGGACUUUUAUUGAGCUGCUACGUGUGUAGUUCGUCUCUCACUAAUGAUGAGUGCAACGCAAGCACACAGGAAUGUCAAGCACCUCUGGACACAUGCAUGACAAUCGUGGACACUUUAGGUAACAUGAAGGCCAUCGUGAAACAGUGCGCCAGCAGGGCCACGUGCAACGGGGCUGCCUCUACAGCUUUUGUGGACUCCGAUGGAAACGGGAACGCAGUCAGCUGUUGCAAUAGUUUUAACUUGUGCAACUUUAGCGGAGGAGAGUCCAUUCACGCCCAAGGAGUCUUCCCUAUGUUGCUGCUGGUGACUGCGGGCACACUAUUGUGGUCAAACUGAGGGCAAGAGGUCACACUGGGGUUUAUGUAAUAUAGCUUUGACAAUAUUUGGGACUACUACAACAUGAUUUAAUUGUAUGUUAUGUUGAUGAAAAAUAUAUUUUGCCAUCAGUUUUCAAUGUAUUUAUAUUUUGAGGCUUAAUUGAGUAAAACUUUUCCAUUUUAACUUCUGCAUGAU